AUGAUAUCCGCCUUCCUCACGCAGCUGCAGAGCUUUUGCCUGCUGGCGGCGCCGGACCGGGACCAGCGCAGCUGCCUGAGGCUUGGGGAGCUCUACAACAGCCUGGCCUUGGCAGCGGCGCUAGACCCAGCACUGCUCUCUGUGCACUUCUGGCGUGCCCUGCGGCGCUUCUUCCAACUCGGGACCUGUGAGGACCUGCAACAUCUCGCGCUUCACGUGCACGAGAGCUGGGCGAGGGCACUUGGCCGUGGGCUGAAAGCGCUGGAGCAGGACAUCCGCAGCACUGUGGAUCUGUGGGAUCUGCCGGUGGAACACGUGCGGACCGAGCCAGGUGACCCAGCAGAGUGCUUCCUCCGUGACUGGGAAGCUGAUCGCCUGCGCCGCGAGCGGGGCAUCGUAGGCGACUUGGCGCGGCUGCGCGUGCGCGAGGCAGCGCAGGAGGACGUGGAGGACACGGAUGGCCUGGACCCAGACUGCUUCCGCUUCGAAGCCCGGGGCUACCCGUCGGACGAGGCCUCCACACUGCACCCGCCCUUCCCGGCCAAGAACUGCCGUGCUGGGCGCCGCUUUGGCCACCGCUUCCUGACGCUUCGCCUGGGGAGGCCGGGGGCGCCGCUGAGGGAUAGCUUCGAGUUCCUGCGCCGGCGCUGGCGGUGCGUGUACUGGCGCUUGCCGGACCAGGUCACUUACUUUGCCACUCACGGCCCUGGCUUAGAGGACAUGGAGGUGGAGGACCUCAUGGACUCCCUGGUACCGCUGGAUGCCAAUGGCGAGAUGUCGCUGCUCAAGUACAACCAGCGGCUGCAGCUGUCCUUUUCAGAGACGCGGGCGGAAGUAAAGCUGCAGGCCACUUUGCGGGAGGACCUCAGGGACAUCUCCGGGAGCUUCUGCCUCUCAGACGGCUGCGGCUCCAUCUCUUUGGCCAAGGCAGAUGAGGUGGCGCGGGAGAUGGGCUUGGAAGAGCGGCCAGGCACCUUCCAAGCGCGCUGCGGGCCCUUCAAGGGACUCUGGGUGGUGGAUCCGGCCCUGGACGUGGAUCUGGUGGUGCGCCCGUCCCAGCUGAAGUACCACUCGCCGGUGGCUUCGGAGCCCUUGGACUUCGAGGUGCUGCGGACCUCCACCAAGCCCAUGCAGAGCUUCCUGACGAGCAACUCCAUCCAGGCCCUGGAAGAUCUCGGUGUCUCUCCGGAGCUGUUUGUGCGGCGGCAGCAGGAGGUCCUGGAUGCACUGGAAGCAGUUCUGCAGGAGGAUGCCGCGGAGGGCCGGCGGGCGCUGGAGGCGCUGCUGGCGGAGCAGUGGCUGGCGCCGGGCACGGAGCGGCAGCUGCUGGGCUUCCUCGACCUCGAGUGGCCCUGGCGGGAGCCCAACUUCCAGGACUGCCGGUUCCGGGCCUGCGCCGCGCUGCGGCGCCGCGCCUGCGAGGAGCUGCGCCUGCCGCUGCGGCGCGCCCACCGCGCCUGGAUCGUGCCGGACCACACCCGCCAGCUCCAGAAAGGCGAGUGCUUCCUGCAGCUGCCGGGCCACAGUGUCUCUCUUGCAGGCCGGGAGGUUUUGCUGAUCCGCAGCCCUUGCUAUCACAGCAGCUCCGUGCUGAAGCUGCGCGUGCCCUCUGCGCCUGAAGGCCUGCAGCACCUCGUCAACGUAGUGGUGCUGAACGCGGGGGAGCGCAGCGGCCCGGCGGACGCGGAGCUGAUGUGUGGCGACCACGACGGGGACACCGUGCUGCUGAUUUGGGAUGAGGAGAUGGUUGCGGCGGUCACUACCGUUGAGAGCUCCAUAGAAGAUGCGGACUUGGAGCUGCGGCCGCAGCGGAAGAUCGGGGAGGUGCCGCGGGAAAAGCUGCCAGGACUGAUCCUCGAAGAGCUAACAGAGGCCGCGCGGUCCCACGCCGCCUUCUGCGAGGCUGACAGGAAACGCAGGGACUGGGUGGACGACGAGGGCUUCGGGGAGAAGGCGACGCGCCUGGCCGGGAUUUGCCAGGUGGGCGUGGACUGCGCGGCCAGCGGCCGAACCGUUCAGGUGCCCGAGGACCUGAGGCAGCCGAACUGCCCGGACUGGGCCAAGCGGAAGGGCCCCAAGGGCGCGGUGAAGUCCGACAAGGCCUGCGGCCGGCUCUUCCGGGCGGAGCUGCGUUUCGUGCGGCAGGAGCAGGUGGAUUUCCUCUCGGCGGAAGCGCUGGGAUUGAGUCAGUGGACGUCGGCGCAGAUCUCCAGCGCCGUGUCCUUUGCUCUGGGGCAGCUGCAGCAGCUCCGGGAACAGAGGGCGGAGAUCCAUCGGAUGGCCUACCUUUGCAAAGGUUGGCGCGAUGAUCUUGAGAAGGCCGUCUAUCGCUUGUGUGGUCGGGCGGAGCAUGACUUUCCCGAAGGACUGCUGGGAGUUGCGGGCUACCUCGUCUUCCUGGCCGGGCGCGAAGGCGCCUCCGCCCGCGAGGUGCGCCGCCUCGAAGCCUUGGCGCGACUGCUGGAGGGUCAGGAGGUGCAGCUGUUGGAGACCUUGACCACUUGCGAGCGCCGGCCUGCGGACGCGUGGCGUCUCUUCUCCGCAGAGACACUCAAGACGCGGAGCUUUUGCCUCCACGGCGUGUGUCCACAGCUGCCCGAGCAGCCCUUCUUGAUAGACCCGGCGGAGCUGCGUUUCUCACACCCGGCCAUCAGCCCCCAGUUCCGCAGCGGCCUGCGCCUCACAGACGCGGCGCAGCGUUUGGUGAGCGGCGCCAUGCGGAAGCGCGACUUCGCGAAGCUGGGGCGGCCCCUGCCGGUUCGAUGGCACAAGGGCGCGUUCCACACCCUGGGCAACCGCCGGCUGGCGGUGUACCGCCUCUUCAAAUUCUUUGGGCCUCGGGACACGAAGGUCCUGGUACGCAGGGUCAACGAGCACGAGGCCUUGCGCUGGCCGUGGCACCGCAAGUUCGAGGUGGAUGACCAUCAAGGCCGCCGCAUCCGCGUCCGAGAGCUCGAAGCGUGGAUCGGGGAGACUUUGGAGGAGACCACGAUGGUCAUCUGAGAAUUUCUAGACCUGGCGGCCUUGAAGCGCCGCAUCAACAUUUUCUAAUUUUCUACACGACUGAGUUCGUGUUGCUUUGCGGUGGGUUGUUUGUCACCGCAAAAAGGAUUUCCCGUUUUGACACAGGCCCAAAUGGCGUGUUUUUGCUGCUUCUGGGAUCGCAGCAGAUUUUGUGUCACAGGCUUUGGAGUGCCCCUGGCGUGGUUUUGAAGGGGAUGCCUCACUAGGCA